AUGUUCGACGCUACCAACCACAACGACAUUGAUCACCACGGAUCACCCGCACGACGCCGAUGCGUGGGACUUUUCGCCAAGCGUAUACCUCGGCCGUUUCCUCCGCCCUUUUUGUCGCCGCCAUCGGGCUCUUUCUCCGAUCCACUGAGUACCCACGACCGAAGUCGAGACCGCCGAGAGCUGGUUGACGGUCAUCUGAUUGGCGGCUGCACCAACGGCGACGACGCGGUGUAUGCGGGCGAGUAUUUUGUGGCGGCCAACGACGGUGUCGGCGCCUGGUCCAUGCGGCCUCGGGGGCACGCCGGGCUGUGGUCGCGGCUCGUCGUGCACUUUUGGGCCAAUGCUGUGAGCGAGAGUGUGGCGGCGGGGUCCAUCACCGCACCGGAGCCGAUCAAGUACCUGCAACGCGCAUAUGAACAGACGAUCGAAGCAACACGGGCACCCAACGACUGGCAGGGAACGACGACAGCCGCAGGCGCGCUUCUGUCAUACCGGCAAAUCGAGGCAGCCGACGACCGCGCCGCAUACACUGACGAGAACGAACCGGUGCUCUACGUGACGAACCUGGGCGACUCCCAAAUCAUGGUGGUGCGGCCGGCCGAGGGCAAGAUCGUUUUCAAGACGACGGAACAGUGGCACUGGUUCGACUGCCCGCGGCAGUUGGGCACGAACAGCCCGGACACUCCGCGCGACAACGCCGUCGUUGACGUGGUGCCGAUCAAUGUGGGAGACAUUGUCCUUGCCAUGUCGGACGGCCUCAUCGACAAUCUCUGGUCACACGAGAUUGUGGAGCAAGUCAGCAAGAGCGUAGCCGCAUGGCAGGCCAAGGACAAGACUCCAGCAGAUCUGCACCGGGGCAUGAUGACGGCAGUUGCAGAGGAGCUGGUCGAGGCUGCCCGUGUGAUUGCGGUAGAUCCGUUCGCCGAGAGUCCUUUUAUGGAGCAUGCCAUUGAAGAGGGCCUGGCAAGCGAAGGAGGGAAGCUUGACGACAUCAGCGUCGUUGCUGCGCUGUGUCGUCGCAGCGAUGCUACGUGA